GCAAAACGCCUCCUAAACCUAAACCUCAUUGACAAGAAAUCAGCAGCGCAACUAACAACAUACAAUGCAGUAUGCCCGAGGAUAUACGGUCAACCCAAGGCCCAUAAAGAUGGGCUCCCUCUUAGACCGGUUGUACCAAAUAUGACAGCUCCUUCCUACAACUUGUCCAAAUUUGUAGGACAAAUCAUUAACAACUCUAUCACCAGUCAAUACAACAUCAAGGACUCAUACUCUUUCUGUGACUUUAUCAACUCUAUAACCCUUCCACCCGGAUAUGUGCUCGUCUCACUAGACGUUACCGCUCUCUUUACAUCAAUCCCUAAGUCGUUAGUGAUACACGACAUCAUCAUAAGAUGGAAUGAGAUCAAGUCUAACACAAACAUAAAUCUGGACUUAUUUCUAGAAAUUGUAGAGUUUUGCAUCGACUCAAGCUACUUCAAAUACGACAACAAACAUUACCUACAGAUUUUUGGAACAGCGAUGGGAAACCCACUCUCGCCAGCAUUAGCCGACUUGAUUAUGGAAACACUACUAGAUACAGUAACCAGAACUCUCAAUUGCAAACCAGCCUUCAUUAAAAAAUUCGUCGACGACCUACUUCUAGCCAUACCAAUGGAUCAACUAAACCAUGUUCUACAAACAUUCAAUAGUUACAACGAGCACAUCCAGUUCACUUAUGAAACUGAAGUAGAUAAGAAAAUACCCUUUUUGGACUUACUACUAAUUCGAACAGACACCCAAACCAUCAAAAGUGAAUGGUACAUAAAACCCAUUGCUAGUGGCAGAUUCUUGGACUACUACUCGUUCCACCCGCUUCAUCAAAAACUAAAUAUGGCCCAAAACUUCAUUCAAAAAGUCACCCACUUGUCCACCAAUCUACAGGCUAAUGAAAAAUCACAAAUAAUACACCAACAGCUGAGUUUAAACAAUUAUCCAAGAAACCUACGAAACCGACUAAUCAACCGAAUGCACGAACGGAACCACAGCAACAUACUCAUCCCACCAGCAAAUGAAGAAACCCUGCAAUAUACUUACCGAUCUAUAGCAUACAUACCUCACCUGUCGAACAAAAUCGACAAGCACCUGAAAAACGAUUACAAAAACAUACGACUAGCACAUCACAACACGAGAACAGUUAGACACUUAUUCACAAAGCUAAAGGAUCCAGUACCUGACGAUCAACAAAACAACAUAAUAUACAGCAUUCCAUGCGAAUCCUGUCCAGCAUGUUACAUAGGUAUGACGACUAACAAAUUAAAAACUAGGAUCUACGGACAUCAAACACACUACAAUGCACUGGAUAAAUACAAACAACUAGGACUCACCGCCACCGACCCAGAAAUCGUAGCACUUAAGGAAAAAACUGCCUUGUUAGAACACAGCAUCGCCCAGGAUCAUAGAUUCGACCUAAAAAACACAAAAAUUAUAGACAAACACAACAAAAAACAUGCACUACCGUUCAUCGAAGUUUGCCACAUCAUCACCAAUGAAAAUAGUAUCAACAGACGUACAGACACUGAAGGCUUAAACACAAUCUAUGCUGGAAUUAUACAUUCUCUCAAAAACCAAAACAAACGUAGCAUAUACGACAAUAACUGUCAAAAUACGACUAUGACACCACACACUCACACACAUACAUAAAUGAACAUGUCAAAAAUAGUAGACGGAAAAGGAGAGACACAAACCAAAAAAAAUAUUCGCUCUAACUAGUGCACAGAAAAUCAAGCUUUGUAGAAUUAUAGCGAGCAAGCUUUUUCAUUCUGUUAACAGUGAGUCGCAUAAAUAUUGUUACACAUGAUUCACUAUCGGACGCCAUUACAAAUUACACACUAUAGACAACCAAUGUUGGACAUACAAACAUAC